AGUGGGGGGCUGACACUUAAAAUCCACUGAUCCCCCCAUCGACAUUUACAUCUAGUCUGGGAUGUUCAGCGAAGCAGCCUUUGACGGAAAUUUAUUAUGGUCAAGGGGUAAGAAGGCAUCUCGAACAAGUGGAUUAAGUGAGAGAGAGAGCAAGGGGGUGCGAGUGUAAACAUACGCCUGUGUGUGUGUGUGUGAGAGAGAGAGACAGAGAGAGAGAGAGAAAGAGAGGGAGAGAGAGCGCAGGAGACAGAGAGAGAAAGCGAGAGGACAGAGAGCGUGGGGUGUUUAAGUUGCCGCUGCUUGUGCCAGUGAAAAGGAAAUAAUCCCAGUGUUGCUUUCUCAUGAAUUAUUAAAAAGCCCUACCAGUCUUUUUUAGCGUGAACCAAAAUGCUGCAUUUUCAUCCGUGGCUAUAAAGCAAAGAAGAGAUUUGUUGUGUAUUUUUGUUGUUUCCCUAGGAGUAUCACAGCCGGUAAGCAGGACUUUGUAAGCGUGCCGAACAAGUGCUCAGAUGAGCAGUCUGAACACAGCACCAGGAGCAUCAGCACUGGAGAGCUGGAACUGAGAGACAGAAGCAGUUCCCUCCACUGCACGCGACAGCAGCGACCGCUCUCACUCUCGCUCUGCAUGCCUUUUUUUCCUCUUCUUUUCUUUCUGGAGUUGAGAUCUUGUUUCUCAGAGCAACGGGACUUAGAGGAUACUGGAGCUCCAAGCUGUUAUCCAAGCAUCCCAAACGCAGACCUGGCUGCCCACAUGCCGAUCGAAUUUGUUUGCAAAAUCAAAUUUGCAGAGGAGGAUGAGAAGCAGAAAGGCAUCCAGGAAGGGGACAAGGAGAGCCUGAUCGAAGAGAGCUGCAGCCCCCCAGCCAAGGACCUGGCCGGCUUCGCCAGUGCCUGCUCACUACAUGGGAUUAACCACAUCUUUGUGUCGGGACGGCUGGGUGUCAGACAGACCCUCUGGGCUCUUGCACUCCUGGUGUCCCUGGCUCUCUUUCUAUACCAGGCGGCAAAGUGUGCCAUCUCCUACCUGGAGCAUCCUCAUGUCACAGCGCUGAACGAGGAGGCCACCCCGGAGAUGAUGUUCCCCGCCGUGACCAUCUGCAACAUCAACCGUUUCCGCUUUUCUGCUCUCACUGAUGCCGACAUCUACCACCUGGCCAACCUGACCGGCUUGCCCCCCAAAAACAAGGACGGCCACAAGCCCACCGAUUUGGAGUAUCCAGCACCGGACAUGCAGGACAUCUUCAACCGGACUGGUCACCAGCUGCAAGAGAUGCUGAAGAACUGCAACUUCAGUGGGCAGAACUGCUCAGCUGAAGACUUUACAGUGGUCUACACAAGAUAUGGGAAAUGCUAUACUUUCAACGGGAACAAAACAACCUCCAGGAAGACGAAGCAAGGAGGGAUGGGAAACGGGCUGGAGAUCAUGUUGGAUAUCCAGCAGGAUGAAUAUCUACCUAUCUGGAAAGAGACAAAUGAAACAUCUUUAGAGGCUGGAAUCCGUGUUCAGAUCCACAGUCAGGACGAGCCGCCCUACAUCCAUCAGCUGGGCUUUGGAGUCUCUCCGGGAUUUCAGACAUUUGUAUCCUGUCAAGAACAAAGGUUGACCUACCUGCCCCAGCCUUGGGGGAACUGCCGCUCCACCAGUGAGCAGAUGAUCCCGGGUUAUGAUACCUACAGUAUCAGCGCCUGCCGCCUGCGCUGCGAGACUCUUGAGGUUCAGCGUGUGUGCAAAUGCAGGAUGGUGCACAUGCCGGGAGAUGCCGAUAUCUGUACUCCCAGCAAUAUCAAAUGUGUGGACAAAGCACUCGCACUGCUACAGACAAGUUCAGGUGACACAUGCUCCUGUGAAACUCCCUGUAACCUGACGCGUUAUGGUAAAGAGCUGUCCAUGGUUAAAAUCCCCAGCAAAGGCUCGGCACGCUACCUAUCUAGAAAAUAUGACAAGUCUGAAGACUACAUCAGGGACAACUUCCUUGUUUUGGACAUUUUCUUUGAAGCUCUAAAUUAUGAAACAAUAGAACAGAAAAAAGCAUAUGACGUUGCAGGUUUAUUAGGGGACAUUGGUGGGCAGAUGGGUCUUUUUAUAGGAGCCAGUGUUCUGACCAUCUUGGAGAUUUUGGAUUAUGUAUAUGAGGUGAUCAAACACAGGUUGGAGCGUUUGCUUGGGUCACAAAGAGAUGACAAAAAGCAAACCCAGCAGCAGCAACAGGCCAGCACAGUCGCCACAGUAAAGCUGGAUGAAAUGAAAGCUAAGGAUUCUGGCGAGAUGAGCCGGAGCCACUCGGAGGGAGCUUAUGCUAACACCAUCCUCCCAAAUCACCAUCACCACCACCAUACCCAUCACCGAGUCUUCGAGGACUUUGCCUGCUAGGAAGACCCGUCAGGUGGGUCAAAUGCUGUUGACAUCUACAGAAAGAGUUCUCUCAGUGCUGAAGGUGGGCUCAAUGAAAGGCCCUCAAAUCCCAGCGCUAACCUCUCUCGCUGUCACCAGUUAAAGCUACAGCCAAAGCCGAACUCUAAACCCUCGCUUCUAACCGAACGCUGGCAUGGAUCGGACAUUGCGGUCCAACAGGAGACUAUCUGAAAUCUUUUCCUCAUUACCCACCCCCCACCCCUUUCAGGAAGUGACAUCAGUGGCAACUCUACGAUUUCUACACUGGAUACGUUUGGUACUGGGCCUCUACAAUAUCAAGGCAUAGACUGCAUGAUAUCUAGAGCUGCCUCAUACUCCAGGUCCUUUUUGAAGCAUUGCAUUCUUUAUAUUUUGUCAGCUGUUCGAAUUUUAUUCGGUCAGUUCUCAUCUUGUGAAAUAUUAUAAUUCAGAUUAACCUACAAAUGUAAAUGAUGUAUUUGAAUCGUGGCUUAUCAGCCCUUAAGGAUCCAGAGCGUAAGAGAAAUAACUUUACUCUGGUAUACUCUUUCACUGAAAUCAUGGGGAUGGUGUAGAAUAGUUUGUGUUUCAGAAAAGUAAUAUAUAUCCAUCUCUUCUGGAUAUGCCUGGUAAAUGUUUUCCUCUCAGAUGGUUUAUGAUUAAUUUAACUUAAAGUAUAUUAAAUAAUCCACAAAUUUUGUAAUGUUGUUUAUAGAGAUGUAAUGUGUGAGUGGUAAUGGGUGUCAUUAGCAGUAACAACAUCAUAUUCUUGUGAGGUUAUUUCCCAACGGAGAGCCAAAAGAUGUGUACAGUAAAGCCCACCAGCGCCAGAAGAAGCCAUUGCGGUAGCCAUGUGGAAAACGUUUGUUUCAUCCAUCCAUCAGCUGAUGGAUCCAGUUUCCCAGACCUUCCAAAAGUGUUUAAUAAAACAGACCUUAUGUUCC